AUGGGCACCAAGGGCAAAGUUAUCAAAUGCAAAGCAGCUAUCGCCUGGGAAGCAGGCAAGCCACUUUGCAUAGAAGAGAUUGAAGUAGCUCCCCCAAUGCAUGAAGUCCAAAUUCAGACAAUCGCCACUGGCAUGUGCCACUCUGAUGCCCAUAUUCUCCAUCUUCAAUUUACAAAGGCUCUUUUCCUGGUGGUCCUUGGCCAUGAGGGGGCAGGAAUUGUGGAAAGCAUUGGGCCAGGAGUGACCAAAUUCAAACCAGGUGACAAAGUAAUUCCACUCUACACACCUCAAUGUAAAAGAUGCAAGUUCUGUCUCAGUCCAGUCACAAAUUUCUGCGCAAAACUCAGUCAAUUCAAAAAUCCUGCUGUUGAUCAAGAACUAAUGGAGGACAGAACCAGUAGGUUUACCUGCAAAGGAAAACCAGUUUACCAUUUCAUGGGGACCAGCACCUUCUCUCAGUGCACUGUAGUAUCAGAGACUAAUCUUGCCAAAAUAGAUGAUGAUGUGAAUUUGCAGAGAGUCUGUCUGCUUGGAUGUGAGUUUUCAACUGGCUAUGGAGCUGCAAUCAACACUGCCAAGGUUUUCCCAGGUUCUACUUGUGCCACCUUUGGCCUGGGAGGCAUCGGUCUUUCUGCUGUAAUUAGUUGUCAAGUAUCAGGAGCUUCCAGAAUCACUGCUGUUCAUAUCAACAGUGCAAAGUUUGCAAAGGCCAAAGCCCUUGGAGCCACUGACUGCCUCAAUCCUAGAGACCUCCCAAAGCCCACUCAGGAGGUCAUCACUGAGAUGACCGAUGGGGGUGUGGAUUUUGCAUUUGACUGUGCAGGCAGAUCUGAAGCCAUGGUAUCAGCCCUGGAUUGCACAACAGUAGGCUGGGAAUUGUGUGCUCUCAUUGGAGUGGCUGCUGGUGACAAAGGACUGACUACUUCUCCGGGACAGAUAAUAAUGGGCCGUACUAUCAAUGGAACAAUAUUUGGUGGUUGGAAAGGUGAAGAUGCUAUACCAAAGCUGGUUACUGAUUUCAAGAAUAAGAGAUUUGACCUGGGUGUGCUGGUGACACAUACCCUGCCUUUUGACAAAAUCAAUGAGGCAUUUGACCUAAUGUACCAAGGAAAAAGCAUUCAAACAAUCCUGACCUUCUGA